ACGAGAAAUUACAGUUUCGAAAAUGUCGACAACGAUGGAUGAAAAUCGGGAAGCACCGACCCGGAAACCCGAAGCAGAACCCGGAUCGAAGUAUGUCAAUGUGAAGGUCAACGGGCAGGAUGGGAGUGAAGUGUAUUUCAGGAUUUGUAAGAGGACGCAACUCAGUGAACUUAUGAAAGCGUACUGUAAACGACAAGCGUUGGAGCUGGGAACCAUUGCGUUUCUGUUGGACGGCCAUGCCAUUGUCGGAAACCAAACAGCCGAUGAGCUGGGAAUGGAGGAUGGAGAUGAAAUUGAUGCUAUGAAACACCACGGCGGCGGCGGCGGCGGAAGAGUAAAGUGGGUCUUUUCAUUUCUCUGAAAAAUGGCCACCGAUCCGGCGAACUGGUUUUUGUGUUGUGGUGAAAACAUGAACCCACCGAACAUGUUAAGAAACGACGACGUUUUGGAUUUGGUUUUACCUUGCUCAUUGAGUGACCUUCCUCGCACGUGCAAGCUGUUUUGUGUGUAAAUAUUAAGGAUUUAAUUCCAUUUUA